UUAGAGACGUCUUGUAUGAUGCAGAAGAUCUGCUGGAGCAAAUACACUAUGAGUUCUUCAAAAGUGAGUCGGAAGCUGAGUUGCACGCCAGUGCUAGCAAGAUCUGGGUUUGGUAAUAAAGUGUCGGCGAAAAAAGUUGAAUCUUCAUCCUUGAUGGCUAAAGAUGCUGUUAUUUAUGGCAGAGACAAGGACAAAGAAAUGAUCUUUAGUUGGCUGACAUCUGACACUAAUGAUAAUAAGCUGUCAAUACUUUCUAUUGUGGGUAUGGGUGGGAUGGGUAAGACCACACUUGCUCAACAUGUAUACAAUGAUCCAAAGACAGAGGAAGUUAACUUUGAUGAAAAAGCUUGGGUUUGCGUUUCUGAUGCAUUUGAUGCUUUGAGAGUAUCCAAAGCAAUUAUUGGAGCUUUCACUAACUCAAGAGAUGACAGUGGAGACCUAGAAAUGGUUCAUGGAAAAUUGAAAAAAAAGUUGUCCGAAAGGAAGUUUCUUCUUGUUCUGGAUGAUGUUUGGAACGAAGACCGAAACCAAUGGAAAGCAUUACAAACUCCUCUUACGUUUGGAGCUAAAGGAAGUAAAAUUCUAGUCACAACACGCAGUCACAAAGUUGCUUCUAUCAUGCAGUCAACCUACAUACACCAACUAAAGCAAUUAGAUGAAGAUCGCAGCUGGCAAAUAUUUGCUAAACAUGCUUUCCAAGAUGAAAACCCUAAGUUGAAUUCUGAGUUAAAGGAGAUUGGCAUAAAGAUAGUUGAAAAGUGCCAAGGAUUGCCUCUGGCCCUGGAAACAAUAGGAUGUCUUUUACAGUCAAAGUCAUCUGUUUCAGAGUGGGAAGGUGUAUUGACAAGCGAGAUAUGGGACUUACCAAUAGAAGAUAGUAAAAUCGUCCCUACUUUGUUGUUGAGCUAUUACCAUCUUCCUUCACAGCUCAAGAGAUGUUUCGCUUAUUGUGCAUUAUUCCCCAAAGACCAUAGGUUUGACAAGGAAAGCUUAAUUUUCUUAUGGAUGGCUCAAAAUUUUCUAGAUUGCUCUCAACAAAGCAAAUCUCCAGAAGAAGUAGUUGAAAACUACUUCAAUGAUCUAGUAUCAAGGUCAUUCUUUAAGCAAAUAAUUUGGUACAACAAAACAUAUUUUGUCAUGCACGACCUUCUCAAUGAUUUAGCAAAAUAUGUUUCAGGUGAAAUCUGCUACAGGUUAGGUGUUGAUGGUGAAAAAAGAGUAUCAAGGAAAACCCGUCACUUAUCAUAUGUAAGUGGUCCUAUUCCAUAUUGUACGAGUUUAUGUGAUGCUAAAGGGUUACGGACUUUUAUAACCUUUCGGUGGCGUGAGAUGUCAAUAGAAGAGUUAAUCUCCAACUUUAAGUUCUUACGGGUCUUAGCUUGGCGUUGGUGUAUUAAGGUUCCUGACAGUAUAGGCGAUCUUAUACAUCUCCGUUCGUUAGACCUUUCAGGUACUGACAUAGAGAAACUUCCUGACUCAACCUGUUCACUCUUUAACUUGCAAGAAUUGAAGCUAAACAAUUGUGUCAAGUUGAAGGAGCUGCCUUUGACUUUGCAUGAGCUCACCAAUUUGCGCCGCCUUGAACUUAAGGGAACUACUCUAACGAAGGCUCCACUCCAUUUAGGAAAGAUGAAGAACCUUCACGUGUGGAUGGACAAGUUUGAGGUUGGCAAAAGUCGUGAGUUCAGUAUUCAACAGUUAGGAGAACUUGAUCUUCAUGGAGAGCUGUCAAUUAAAAAUCUUGAAAACAUCACAAACCCCUAUGAGACGAAUUUGAAGAAUAAAACACAUAUUGUGUGGCUGAGUUUACAAUGGAAUUUAAAGCGGAACAAUGCCGAUUCAAUGAAACAAAGAGAAGUACUUGAGAAUUUGCAACCUUCUAGACAUUUGAAGCAGUUGGUAAUCUAUUGCUAUGGUGGUACAAAAUUUCCCCGUUGGCUAUCUGAUAAUUCUCUAACAAAUGUUUUGUCCUUAACCUUGAAGAAUUGUAAAUAUUGCCUAUUUUUGCCUUCCCUUGGACUUUUGACAUUUCUCAAGCACUUGACAAUAGACGGACUUGAUCAAAUAGUGAAGAUAGAUGCUGAAUUUUACGGGAAUAGCUGUUCUGCAUUUGCAUCCUUAGAAACAUUGAGGUUUACUGAUAUGAAAGAAUGGGAAGAAUGGCAAUGCAUGACCGGUGCUUUUCCAAGUCUUCAAAGUCUUUCUCUGACAAAUUGUCCCAAGCUGAAAGAAUUGCCAGACAAACUUUGUCAUUUAAAGAAACUAACUGUAAAGAACUGCGGCAAAUUUGGGGCUCCGAUUCCCAGGGCCGUUGAGAGUCAAUGUGUGAAGAUGGAGCCAUCUUCAUUUGAUAUGACUUGGCUGCCCCACAUAUCUGAUAUCAUUAACCAUUGGUACUACUCUCUUGUAGAAUUGUAUAUCAAUGGUUGUGACUCUCUCACUACCUUUCCUCUAGAUUUGUUCCCAAAACUCGGCAAGCUUAGUUUAGUCGAGUGUUGUAACCUACAGAUGAUAUCCCAGGGGCACCCUCACAAUCAUUUGAAGAGAUUGAGCAUUGAAAAAUGCUCUGAAUUUGAAUCAUUUCCCAAUGAAGGAUUAUCUGCAAGUCAGCUAGAGACAUUUUUUAUUGAAGGAUUGGAGAAAUUGAAGUUAAUGCCUAAAUGCAUGUCUGCCCUUCUUCCAUCUCUUAAUGAUCUGUACAUACGCAAUUGUCCAGUGGUGGAGUUUUCCGAGGGAUGUUUGCCAUCAAAUGUAAAAACAAUGCGUCUCCGGUAUUGCUCCAAACUUGUGGCCUCUCUAAAGGGCGCUUGGGGAACCAACCCUUCCUUAAAAGUCUUAAAUAUUGGCAAUGUGGAUUUGGAGUGUUUUCCGGGUGAAGGUUUACUCCCAUUCUCUCUUCCUGAGCUAUUCAUAAGAGAUUGUCCAAAUCUUAAGAAACUCGACUACAGGGGUCUUUGUCACCUCUCUUCUCUUAAGAAGUUAACUCUCGAUAAUUGUCCAAUACUCCAAGGCAUGCCAGAGGAAGGUCUGCCCAAAUCCAUCUCAACACUCAUAAUUGAAGACUGUCCAUUGCUCAAACAGCGGUGCAAGAAACAAGAAGGUGAAGACUGGGAAAAGAUUACUCACAUUAAAUCCAUAAUUGUUGAUAACAAAGAAGUAAACAUAUAAGUCGAAAGACGAUGCGUACAUUUGUCGUCUGGUUCGUCAGGUUUUCCUCACCAUCUUUGAAGCAUUUCAAAUACACUCUUAUUUAGUACAAAUAUUUUAAUAUCCAAUUCACCACUUCUCUUCACGCAUCAAAUUUUUGUCUUUUUGAUUACCGUUAUUCUCUUUUGUAGUUGGUUACCAAUGUUUAUCCUUAAGAAACAGAGUUAUGGUUAAAGAUCAGUCCAGGAUACCUUGUGUGUACUAUUUUCAGCUUAAAAUGUUUC